CAAACUACCUCGGCGCCUUCGCAACUGCUCUAUACGCAGUUUCUCACCACACGAAACCGACUUUCCGACUUCAUUUUAUUUUAAGCGUACAUACAUCGCAUUUCUACCGUCGUCAUGUCUGUCGAUAUUGAUCCUCAGGAACUCGGUUUCCACCGACCUUUCGCGGCGGAGAUCACGGAAACUCUACGCAUCAAGAACCCGAAUACCCACCCUGUUGCCUUCAAGGUCAAAACCACCGCACCCAAGCAGUACUGCGUCCGACCUAACUCUGGUCGAGUUGAGCCUGGAAAAGAGGUCGAGGUUUCGGUCAUCCUUCAAGCCAUGAAACAGGAGCCUCCCGUGGAUGCCAAGUGUCGGGAUAAGUUCUUAGUUCAGUCUGUCCCAAUUACAGGCGACAAGGAAUUCUCGAAUCUCGCGUCUAUCUGGGAGGGUAUUGAGAAGUCCUCGAUACAAGAGAAGAAGAUUCGCGUGGUCUUCUUAUCUCCUAAGGGUACUCCUGGAGCCUCUCACCUUGAGACGCCCAGCAAAUCUUCAGCAGCCAAUGGCGCCCAGUCGACACCUGACGUCGCUCCUCCCGCCUAUUCCUCGCCUGGCGAAUACUCAGGCAGCCACGCAGAUCAGAAGUCGGUAGAAGAGAAGGACACCAAGCGUGAAGAGGUCCCGACCCUCGCAGCCGCAGCAACCGUAUCCGCCGCCAAGAAGAGUGAUCCCAGCUCCGAAGAACUGAAACAACAACUCAUUCAGGCCGAGAAGUUGAUUGCGCAACUGAAGCAAGACAAGGAGGGUCUACGACAGCGAAAGGUGACAAGUGCUGAUGGUGGUUCCGGUCCUAAGCCUGCGGAAUUAGCCCAGCAGGAUCGAUCCGGCUCUGAGGGCGUGUCGGUCCAAAUUACGGCGCUUCUAUGCUUCCUAAGCUUCAUGCUUGCCUACCUCUUCUUUUAGGUGGCACUGGAGAUUGGAAAGUUCUUGGAGAUUUGACUA